CCGUGAUGGUCUGCCACGCUGCUCCCACCCGGCUCAGCCCGCUGAGUCACAGCCCGGCCCUGGCUGGCCUGGCGAGGUCAAGCUCCCGCCUACCCCGCUGCUCCGCUGUCCCGCCGCAGCUAUCUCCCGGACCCCGACGCCUUUGCACCUGCCUUAUCCUGCCCGGCACGGACUCUUUUGCAAUUGCCGAAGGAACUAGCGGCCUAGCUAAGAGCCUUUUCACUUUUUAGACCUCUCUUUCUCCACUUCAUUUUUUGCUUAUUUUUUAGUCAGUCCGGUGACAUUAUAGGUCCGGCUUGGAGGGCGCGGUUACUGUGGCACCGUGGGAGCUGGGCGCCCUCCGCGGUUUCCAUGGUAACGGACCCACCGGCGUCCUCUGCUCCCAAGGAAGAUGCGGGCUGGCAGGUCCGCCGCCUCGCCCCGGACCCCACGACUAGGCCGAGGCACUGAGGAGGUCCUUGGCCGGCGGACUGAGGGGCUGCGGGCGCCAGUGAAAUCCCAUUCUCUGGCUGGAGACACAGAUGGCCUCAAAUGAGAGAGAUGCUAUAUCGUGGUACCAAAGAAGAUUGGAGCGUAUGAUCAGCAGAUAUGGGAAAAGUCAAUCGAACAGACUCAGAUUAAGGGCUUCAAAAACAAACCAAAAAAGAUGGGUCACAUAAAGCCAGACUUAAUUGAUGUUGACUUAAUCAGAGGCUCAACGUUUGCCAAAGCCAAACCUGAAAUUCCAUGGACAUCUCUGACUCGAAAGGGGCUUGUUCGAGUUGUAUUUUUUCCAUUGUUCAGCAAAUGGUGGAUUCAGGUUACCUCUCAAAGAAUCUUUGUUUGGCUGCUCCUGCUUUACCUCAUGCAAGUUGUAGCAAUCGUGUUAUACUUUAUGAUGCCUAUUAUAAACAUAAGUGAAGUGCUUGGACCCUUGUGCCUUAUGCUACUUAUGGGAACUGUUCACUGUCAAAUUGUGUCUACUCAGAUAACAAAACCAUCAGGAAACAAUGGAAAUCGGAGAAGAAGAAAAUUACGAAAAACUGUAAAUGGUGAUGGGACCCGAGAAAAUGGAAAUAAUAACUCCUAUGAUAAAGUUAGAGGAGUAGAAACUUUGGAAUCCACACCCUUUAUUGGUGGUUUUUGGGGGACUGUCUUUGGCAACAGGACUAAAAGAAUAAAAGUAAUAUCUGACAAAGGGACUGAAAUUGAAAAUGACUCAAGUUGUCUGCAUCCUAUCAUUAAGAAGAGACAGUGUCGACCAGAGAUCAAAAUGUGGCAAACAAGAGAGAAAGCAAAAUUUUCAGAUGGAGAAAAGUGCCGUAGGGAGGCUUUUAGGCAUUUGGGUAAUGGGAUUUCAGAUGAUCUGUCAAGUGAGGAGGAUGGUGAAGCACGGACGCAGAUGAUAUUAUUACGUAGGAGUGUGGAAGGGGCCUCAAGUGACAAUGGUUGUGAAGUUAAGAAUAGAAAAUCAAUACUUUCAAGGCACCCAAACUCUCAGGUAAAGAAAAACACUCCAAAGUGGUGUCAUACUAUGCGGGAUUCAGAUAGUCUGGCUGAAUCAGAAUUUGAAUCAGCAGCCUUCAGCCAGGGUUGUAGAUCAGGCAUGAGUGGUGACUCUCGAAACCUCAACAUGGCAAGAAGAGACUCAGAAAGCACCCGCCAUGACUCAGAGACUGAGGAUAUGUUAUGGGAUGAUCUACUGCAUGGCCCUGAGUGCCGGUCGUCUGUCACCAGUGACAGUGAGGGGGGCCAUGUGAAUACCCUUCGCUCAGGGACCAAACGUGACCCCAAAGAGGAUGUUUUUCAGCAGAACCAUUUAUUCUGGCUUCAGAACUCAAGUCCUGCCUCGGAUCGAGUUAGUGCAAUAAUCUGGGAAGGGAAUGAAUGCAAAAAGAUGGAUAUGUCAGUAUUGGAAAUAAGUGGCAUCAUCAUGAGUAGGGUUAAUGCAUAUGAGCAAGGAGUAGGUUAUCAGAUGCUGGGAAAUGUCGUCACCAUUGGAUUAGCAUUUUUUCCCUUUUUAUAUCGACUUUUCCGUGAGAAGAACCUUGAUCAACUAAAGUCCAUUUCAGCUGAGGAGAUCUUGACUCUUUUUUGUGGGGCACCACCUGUUACACCGGUCAUUAUUUUGUCUAUAAUUAAUUUUCUUGAACGAUUGUGUCUUACUUGGAUGUUUUUUUUUAUGAUGUGUGUGGCAGAGAGAACAUAUAAACAGAGAUUUCUAUUUGCAAAACUUUUCAGCCAUAUUACUUCUGCCAGGAAAGCUAGGAAAUAUGAAAUACCUCAUUUCAGACUUAAAAAGGUGGAGAACAUUAAGAUAUGGUUAUCACUGCGUUCCUAUCUAAAGAGAAGGGGUCCACAGCGUUCAGUUGAUGUGGUCGUGUCUUCGGUCUUCCUACUGACACUUUCGAUUGCUUUCAUUUGUUGUGCCCAGGUUCUCCAAGGACAUAAAACUUUCCUUAAUGAUGCUUAUAACUGGGAGUUUUUGAUCUGGGAAAUAGCUUUACUGCUUUUCUUACUGCGUCUGGCCUCACUGGGGUCUGAAACCAAUAAGAAAUACAGCAAUGUUUCGAUAUUGCUUACUGAACAGAUUAACUUAUAUCUUAAGAUGGAAAAAAAGCCAAAUAAGAAAGAACAGCUCUCUCUAGUAAACAAUGUGUUAAAGCUGUCCACCAAGUUGUUGAAAGAGCUGGACACACCAUUUAGACUCUAUGGACUGACAAUGAAUCCCUUAAUCUACAAUAUCACACGAGUAGUCAUCCUUUCUGCUGUCUCAGGGGUUAUAAGUGAUCUUCUAGGGUUUAAUAUAAGACUGUGGAAAAUUAAAUCAUAAGCUGAGUCGUGCCUGGACUCUCUCUCCAUGCUGACAUCAAUACUUCCCCAUUAAGGAAAGAGGUGACUGCAGAAACUAGUGAGAUAUCCAUCUGCUUGUUCACAUGCAGAGGUGCCCUCAGCUCUGCCAGAUCUCAUUAAUGGUGUUUUCAGAGGAAUAAAUCCUUUUCUGAC